AUUGACUUCCUUAACGACGUUCGUUUCCAUCCACAAUAUCGUCAGAUCACCUUCAACGACAUGGCUGCAGACUUGCAGACCGUUGCACAGCUUCUCCAAGCUACUCUAGACCCUCAGCAACACAAGCAAGCUGAGCUGGGGCUGAAGGCUCAAGAGAAGUUCCCGGGCUUCUCUUUGUUGUUGCUGAACAUCGUUGCGACGGACUCACUGCCUCUAAAUACCCGACUCUCUGGAGCGCUGUUCUUCAAGAAUUUCAUCAAGUUCAACUGGGUCGAUGAAGAAGGUGCAUACAAGCUUCCCGAAAAUGAGGUGAUAACUAUCAAGAAGGAGUUGAUUGGGUUGAUGAUCUCGGUUCCGGCCAGUCUACAAGCUCAGUUGGGAGAAUCAAUCAGUAUCAUCGCAGACUCUGAUUUCUGGACUCGUUGGGAUACACUCGUGGAUGAUCUCGUUUCGCGCCUGACUCUCGACAACGCAAAGGUCAACAUCGGUGUAUUGGAAGUUGCACACUCCAUAUUUAGGAGAUGGAGACCUCUUUUUGCGUCGGAUGGCUUGUAUACAGAGAUCAACCACGUACUGGAGAGAUUUGGAGAGCCGUUUGUUCGACUACUCAUUAGUACCGAUCAGCAGAUUGACGCCAACACGAAUAAUAAGGAUGUACUGAAGCAACACGUGGACGUACUGAACUUAUCGGUAAAAUUGUUCUACGAUCUCUCCUGCCAGGAUCUGCCUCCAAUCUUCGAGGAGAAUCUUGCCUCGGUCACAAAACUACUACACAAAUAUCUUACCUACGACAAUCCACUGUUGGCUACUGAUGACGAUACUGAAUCAGGUCCUUUAGAAUUUGUCAAAGCUGGAAUAUGUGAGGCUAUGACUUUGUAUAUGCAAAAGUACGAAGAUGCUUUCGGAGAACUUUGCAAGCCCUUCAUCACAAGCACGUGGAGCUUGUUAACCACCAUUGGACCGGAAACCAAGUUCGACAUACUUGUGAGCAAGGCUUUGCACUUCUUGACUGCAGUAGCUAGCAUCAACAACCAUGCGCAAAACUUCAACAACGAAGAAGUGCUGGGACAGGUCGUAGAGAAGGUCAUUUUACCGAACGUCAGCCUGCGAGAGUCGGAUAUCGAGCAAUUCGAGGACGAACCAAUCGAAUACAUCCGGAGGGAUCUGGAAGGUUCUGAUGCCGACACACGGAGAAGAGCAGCAACAGAUUUCUUGCGGCAGCUGUUGGAGAAAUUUGAGACACUGGUCACUAAUGUUGUGGGGAGAUACAUCACUCACUAUCUUGCUGCGUUCAACAAGGAUCCAACUAGCGACUGGAAAUCCAAGGAUACUGCGGUUUACUUGUUUUCUGCAAUUGCUGCCAAAGGAGUGAUUACCACCACUCAUGGCGUAAAAACCACAAAUUCCUUGGUGGACAUUGUUGACUUUUUUCAAAACAACAUUGCCAACGAUCUCAUUGCCGAUACGGGGGUUGAACCUAUUCUGAAGGUGGAUGCCAUCAAAUUUCUAUACACCUUCCGUAGCCAGUUGACCAAGGCUCAAUGGAGUGCUGCAUUUCCGCCAUUGGUGAAGAACCUGGCAUCUUCGAAUUAUGUUGUCUACACCUACGCAUCGAUCGCAGUGGAGAGGGUUCUUUUCCUUACGAAUGAUGCAGGCCAGCAUAUAUUUGGCAAGGACGAAAUCACCCCAUUCUCGAAGGAUCUUCUGGAGCACUUAUUCCUGCUCAUAGAGAAGGACUCGGCUCCAGAAAAGGUCCAAGAAAAUGAGUUCUUGAUGAAAUGUGUGAUGAGAGUCCUCAUUGUGAUAAAGGACGGAGUGCUCCCAAUCACUGAUAGCGUGCUUCGCCAUCUUAUCAAGAUCACCGACAUCAUCGGGCAGAAUCCAAGCAACCCCCGUUUCUACUACUACCAUUUCGAGGCCAUGGGCGCACUCGUGAGAUAUGCAGCUCCAUCUCAACCAGAGAAGCUUGAGAACCAUCUUUACCCACCUUUUGCUGGAAUUCUACAUAGAGACGUACAAGAAUUCAUGCCAUAUGUCUUCCAAUUAUUUGCUGCUCUCUUGGAAGCUCGUCCACAAGGGCCAUUAUCCGAGUACUACAAAGCUUUGAUCGCGCCAGUGUUGAUGCCCACUUUGUGGGAGUCAAGGGGUAAUAUCCCAGCACUUGCUCGUCUGUUGUCGUCCCUCAUACCUCGAAGCGCAGCAGACAUUGUAGCAAACGAACAAGUUGAGCCAAUCCUAGGCAUCUUCCAAAAGCUGAUGGCUGGAAAAUCGAGAACAGAACUAUACGCAUUCGAUGUUCUGGAAGCUGUCAUCACCUCUUGUGAAGUAUCUGCGAUUCAGCAAUACUUCCCAACUAUUUUGACCAUCAUCUUCACACGCCUCAAUAGCAACCCGCCGGAGAAGUUCAAGCAUCGUUUCGUUCGAUUUUAUCAUCUGAUAUCUUCCCGCGAUCAGUCAGGUCUUGGUACCGAUUUCUUCAUCCAGAAUUCCGAUACAGUCCAAGAUGGAGUUUAUGUCCCAAUUUAUCUCACUAUUAUUCUACCGACGACCCAGCAAUUGGCACGGCCUCUUGAUCGUAAGCUGGCUGUCUUUUCGCUUACGAAGACAUUGACAGACUCUCAAGCUUUCGCUAAUAAAUAUGCGAAAGGCUGGGGUAAGACUUGCGACGCUUUACUGAAACUCCUCGAGAAUCCACCAGUACCAGUUUCUAGCGACGAUAUUGGUGCUGAAGUCGAUGUGGAUGAUAUUGGUUUUGGGGUUGGCUUCACUCCGUUGAACACAUGCAAGAAGAUUGCCAGAGACGAGUGGCCAGAAGUAACGGAUGUCAAGUCAUGGGUUGCAUCGUAUCUCAAGUCUGCGGAUGCGCGACGUGAUGGAGCAAUUGGGGGCUACGCAAAUACUAGGCUUGAACCAGAAGCACAAGCCGUUCUGAUUUCCUACAUGCGAUGAAGGAGGGAGAGCGUUUCGAUGAACGAUUAUGAGAAGAGAGUCAAGUGGAUAAUUGGAAAAGAGGCGCAUGCGAGCGUACGACGCAUCGGAAGAUAUCCAAUUCGUUCCAGGGCUGGGAAAACAAAAGCGGCAGAGCCCUCUGCGUGUAGUUCUGUCCAAGUGGCAAUUAGAUUACAAUGACGAGUCUUUUUGACAAUGUUGUUGUCACGUUCACAUGAUGGUGAGAUCAAUGCGGCCUUGUGAUUACUGUUCUCGCCGCAGUGUGGUCCCUACGGUGAUAGGAGCCCGAGUCUCCGUACUAGAUACUGU